CUCUCCUCCGGAGGCGGCCGCCCCGCGAGUCCGCGCGCAGCGGUUUGUCCUGCAAACCUCGGAGAUCAAUAGGGUCACUUUUGGGGGAGGGGGUUGCAUGCGCUGGGGGAGCCGUCUCUGAACCACGGACCCGAGGGGACCCGGAGGGGACCCCAGGCCACCACGAUGGACCCCCGGAGCUGGGGUCCGGCCCUGCGCUCGCAGGAGGAGGCCGGCAGCGCCCAGGGCGGGGAGGUGAGCGUAGCCGCCAAGUACCGCCUGGCCUCGCUGUACGUGGGGGACCUGCACGCGGACGCCACGGAGGACCUGCUCUUCCGCAAGUUCAGCGCCGCGGGGCCCGUGCUGUCCAUCCGCAUCUGCAGGGACGUGGCCACGCGGCGCCCGCUGGGCUACGCCUACGUGAACUUCCUGCGGCCGGCGGACGCGCAGAAGGCGCUGGACACCAUGAACUUCGACGCGGUGGAGGGCAAACCCAUCCGCCUCAUGUGGUCCCAGCGAGACGCCUGCUUGAGAAAAUCGGGCGUCGGGAACGUGAUCAUCAAGAACCUGGACAGAUCGGUGGACAACAAGACCCUGUACGAGCACUUCUCGGGCUUCGGCAGGAUCCUGUCCUCCAAGGUGAUGAGCGAUGACCAGGGAUCCAAGGGCUACGCCUUCGUGCACUUCCAGAGCCAGAGCGCGGCGGACUGCGCCAUCCAGGAGAUGAACGGCAAGGUGAUCCGGGACCGGCAGGUGCUGGUCGCCCCGUUCCGGAGCCGCAGGGACCGGGAAGCCGAGCUCAGAACCAGAACCAGUGAGUUCACCAACGUGUACGUCAAGAACUUCGGCGAGGACAUGGACGACGAGAGGCUGCAGGGUGUUUUCAGCAAAUACGGCAGAACCCUCAGCGUGAAGGUGAUGACGGAUUCCAGCGGAAAAUCCAAAGGCUUCGGCUUCGUGAGCUUCGACAGCCACGAGGCCGCCAAGAAGGCCGUGGAAGAAAUGAACGGGAAGGACAUCAACGGGCAGCUGGUGUUCGUGGGCAGAGCGCAGAAGAAAGAAGAGCGCCAGGCCGAGCUGAAGCAGGUCUUCGAGGAGCUGAAGAGGGACGGCGCGCGCCGGUGCCAGGGCGUCAAACUCUACAUCAAGAACCUGGACGACACGGUGGACGAUGACCGGCUGCGGAGGGCGUUUUCCUCAUUUGGCUCCAUCAGCAGGGUCAAGGUCAUGGAGGAAGAAGGGCAGCGCAAAGGCUUCGGCUUGGUGUGCUUCUCCUCCCCGGAGGAAGCUGCCAAAGCCAUGACCCAGAUGAACGGACGCGUCCUGGGCUCCAAACCCCUCAACAUCGCCCUGGCCAAGCGCCAGUGAGGCAGACACUUUCUCACCUGCGGGGUUUGCAGCAGGUGCGGGAAAGCGGAGAUCUUCACCUGCACUGACUUCAGUGAACCUCGAAUUCCACAGUUGACUGCAUUUAUUUUUGUAUUAAACUUUGUAAUAUACUUUGCUUUAUCAUACAAAUCCAAAUUAUUUUUCCUUUUGUAGAAAAAUAAAUGAAUCUUAGAUUCAUUUUACAGGGGUGUGUCUUCUGAUAAAAUUGUAUGUUCUGAGUUUUGAUACAGUGUACACAGCAAUAAAUAUAAUAAUCGUUUAUGAACCAAUCAGUCAGAGAAUUAUUUAGGGUUUUUUUUUUUUGCGUAUUUUUUGUUUCUCAUUAAGAUGGUUAGCUUUAGUUUAUUUUAUGAAAAUAUGCUCAAAUAGACCUCGAAGUAAUUUCUUUUAUCAAUAUUUAUAACUUUUCUUCAAAGCUUUUGGUAACUCAAAAUUUGUUGCUAGUGAACAUUAAGUUGAAUAUUCGGUUUUGUUUUGGAUUAAUGUUUUUAGCUAUACUUGGGUUUCUUAUACAUUGUAUCCUGACAUCGUUAUUAUCUAAUGAUUUCAAUAAACGUGGUGUAUGUUUUCAGUACCUCCUACAAACUGACUUCAAGGGAUAUAUUGUUGCUUUACAAAUUGAUUUGCUGUAGUUCUGCUAUUUGCUAGUCAUCUAAGUUGUUUACUUGCAUAGCACAAACUUACACAUUCCAGAAGUUGUAAACCUGUAGCAAUUCAGGUGACACAAAGUUGGUUUAAGUUUCUUCAUAUCAAUGGAGCUUAAUGAUAUGCCUUAAAGUUUUGCCGAAUACCAAUAUUAUGAAAAUAGAUAUAUUUAGAAUAUAGAAACCAAUUUAAACUCUGUGUUUUUGAAUCUGCUUUGUAAUCAUCCAUGUUGUGAUAUUCUCUCGAUUUUCAGGAAAGUAAGUGUCUUUAUUUUUAUAAAUUUAUACCUCUUGUUAUUAGACUGUGAGUACUGUGUGACCCCAUUAAGAUGGCCUUCCAGCUUUAAUUGAUCUGAAACUCACACUCACUGUUUGCAUGAGUGGCAUUGCUUGGACUGUUUUCUAGCACACAUUUUAUUCUAGUCCCAUUCCUAUAUUUUCUGCCUUGCCUUUAAUACCUCUAUAUUACUUUGUUCAUUCAAAGUACUUUAUUAUAUUAGAUCAUAUUAUAUGCUUCAAAUCCAUUGAGACAAUGAGACAAGAGUUAUUUAUUUACAUUUAAAUCAUUAUUGGAUAAACUGUGAUUCACUUAUACCAAAGGUAGCUAAAAAGUUAUUUUAUUAUCACUGCAUUUAUUGUAUUUGGUUAAGUAUUUCUUGUGAUUUUAUAUCCAAAUGUGUUCCAUUGAUUACUAUUGCAAAAAAUAUUAAAAUAUUUUCCUUGAUAAUACUUUGUAAAUAGCAAAAGUCUGUUUCAUUUUAUUUUGUUGAAAUUAUAGCUACAUAUGUAUAGGUAUAUUCUUUGAAUAAUUUUUAAAUUAAACUCACUUUUAGAUGGGCUGAGGGUUUAGUUCAGCAGCACAAGUGCCUACCUGUUAAGCACAAGGUUGUGAUUUUGAUCCUUGGUGUCAAAACAAAACAAAACAAAAAAACAAAAAACAAAACAAAACAAAAAAAAAACUCUCACUUGGAGGCAGUGAAACAGUGUGGACAGUGAAGAAGAUUAAAAGAGUAAUGUAUAACCUCAUGAUGAAAAUAGAUCUUCUUUAACUUUGUAAUGUAUUCCAGAGUUUUUUCUGUAUGAAUAUACAUAACUGAUAUAAGAAAAAUAGAAACUUAAAGAUUUUGCUUACCCUUGCAUUCUGAAUUUAACAGUAUUCUAGACUUGACUAUCAUGUCACAAAUAAUUAUUUACAUUACAAUUUCAAUGACUUUUAUGUUUUCUUCAUUGACUAUUCUAUAUUACAACUAAUUUCUUAUUAAUAAAUAUAUGUUACUGGAUUACUUUUUCCUUUUAUUCUUUUUUUCCCUCUAUCAUAAACAACUUGGAUAUAAUCAUCCUGGCCAACUCAUUAAGCAGAUAUGUUUAACUAUCUUCUCAAGGGAAUGAAAAAAAAUAGAAUUGAUUAUUAAAAGAGCAAACAAUUUAAAAUUAUAAUUUUGGAAAACAGGGCCUAAGCAUGUCCAGAGAGAAAGUGCCAAUUGCUGCCUAAUGGAGUGCCCAUUUCCACGGCCCCUAAGGAGCAAAUCAUUUUAACAUUCUCGCUACUUAACAUGGUAUGUAAAAGUAUUUUAUCAUUGCUUUAUUUUACUUUUUUGUUACUAUUUUUUUAUUAUAAAAGUUAAACAACAUUUUUCAUAUUUAUACACCACUGUAUUUUCAUAUUUGCUAAUUAAUGCUCUGUGAUCUUAAACUAUUUUCCCAGUGGAGCAUUAUUUGUUUACGAAAAUUUGUUGGCUGUUUCUCCCCAGUAUUCUCAGUUUUAAAAUUUACUCCAAAAGAAAUUUUAAACUCAAAAUAUUUGAUGUUAUUUAUUUGGCCUUGGCUUCAUGUUUCAACACAUCCACACAAUUCAUUGAUAUUAUUGUCUAUCUACUAUAUAUUAUCUUCCAGAAUUUUAAAUUCUCAAUACUUUCUAACCAAAACUCAUUUGCAAAUGAGUUAUAAAAUGAGUUUUUAAAAAAUAGGGUAAGUCUUUUAAAUAUACCUUCCUUUUCAGUCUUUACAGUUUAAUGGCACUAUAACCAUUGUUGUAAUGGAUCAUUUAAGAAUUAACAGCAUGCCAGCAUAUGUUAUCCAGUGGGUUUCCUUGUUUGUAUUAUUUACUGUGAUUUAGUGUGGAUGAUAGUUUCACUAUCAUCAUUUUUCAAUAAAAUUAUUUUUUGUGUC